AUGAAUUCCACAUACUGCAGGCCAGCAUUAUUCCUGUAUCUAGAAUAUGAAUUCCGCAUACGGCAGGCAGCAUUAUUCCUGUAUCUAGAAUACGAAUUCCGCAUACUGCAGGCAGCAUUAUUCCUGUAUCUAGAAUAUGAAUUCCGCAUACGGCAGGCAGCAUUAUUCCUGUAUCUAGAAUAUGAAUUCCGCAUACUGCAGGCAGCAUUAUUCCUGUAUCUAGAAUAUGAAUUCCGCAUACGGCAGGCAGCAUUAUUCCUGUAUCUAGAAUAUGAAUUCCGCAUAAGGCAGGCAGCAUUAUUCCUGUAUCUAGAAUAUGAAUUCCGCAUACUGCAGGCAGCAUUAUUCCUGGAUCUAGAAUAUGAAUUCCGCAUACUGCAGGCAGCAUUAUUCCUGUAUCUAGAAUAUGAAUUCCGCAUACUGCAGCCUAGCAUUAUUCCUGUAUCUAGAAUAUGA